AUGGCAGCCAGACCUGCAACGACAUGCAAAGACCACAGUAAACCCGAAGGAAGCCACGAUUUGGCCAUCAACAACACUCCUCUGCGUCGGCUGUUCACCAGACUGGCCGAAGAGACGGUCGGACGUCUCUACAAAUCCGAUGGCCUCUGCACCCCCAUCUCCAGAAACAAGAUCAUCAAGACAGGCCACCGAGUCCGCCUGACAGAAGCAGCAACUAUCAAGUUCGUCGGGCCAAGCUACAUCCUCAUGGAGCGCAUUCGCGGUGAAGAGAUCCCUGCCGCGUGGAAACGACUAGGCGAAGACGGUCGUCGAAAGAUUUUCUCUCAGUUGAAAGCCAUGUUUGAGGAACUACGAUCAUUGAAACCACCUCCAGGCACAGGAGCAGAGAGUUGCGUGGGCGGGAGGGGGUACGAUUGCCGCAUCCCUCGCUGUCCACAAUUUGGACCAUUCAAAACGAUCCAGGACUUCCACUUCUGGCUCCGAGAGGGCUUCAAUCUGACAGACCAGCCAAAACCUGAUAACCUAGAUGAAACCGAAUGGGCGGACCUCGAGAAGACGGUCGCGAUGCAUGAAGGCCCCUUCCCUCCUCCGGUGUUCACACACGGCGACCUGAACCCUUUCAACAUCCUGGUCCGUGGUGAUGAAGUUGUCGGUAUCGUUGAUCGGGAGUUUGGCGGGUGGUACCCGCAUUACUGGGAGUAUACUUCAGCUUGGUACGGGAAUUUGUGGAGGAGUGAAUGGCAGGGUCUUGUCGACCAGUUCCUUGAGACUUUCCCUGCGGAGCUGGAAAUGGAGAUCACUAGGAACAAGUGGUGGGGAGAGUGGUGA